AUGGAGCCUAACCUGCGGACAACCACUGGAUCGUCUACAUGGUGGAUCAUCAUCAUCGUCGUCCUCCUGUCAGUCUCCACACUCACACAGAGCCAGUUAGUGCAGAACACCAGCCCCACCUGGACACCCAGCUACAACCAACAGCAGCAGCAGCAGCAGCAGAGCCCGGAGCACGGAGCGCGGCCUCGGCCUGUGGUGCUCCGGUGUCACCCGGACUCCAUGGAGGUCGUGGUCCAGGCGGACUUGUUUGACACGGGCCUCCAGGUGGACGGCAGACACCUGCGGCUGGGUUCGGACCCAGCAGCAGAAUACAGUGCGUGUAGCGCGGCCCCGUCAGGAGAGGCUGAAUUCACCAUCUGGGCCCAUCUCAUGGACUGUGGCACCAAACUCUCAUCUACCAAAGAGAAGAUCAUCUAUUCUACUAUCCUUGUCUACUCACCUGAAACUCCCCCUGAUGGCUUGCAUCGAUUGGAUGGUGCAACAAUUCCAGUUGAAUGUCAUUAUGAAAAGAGGUAUGCUCUGGAUGGCAUUUCUCUGCAGCCCACCUGGAUUCCUCAAGUCUCCACGACCUCGGCUGAGGACCAGAUCGCUUUCAAUCUGCGAAUCAUGACUGAUGACUGGCAGUUUGAGAGGGCAUCUUACUCAUAUUUCCUGGGUGACCCCAUUCACUUUGAAGUCUCGGCCAUCCCUGGUAACCACGUGCCCCUGCGAGUCUAUGUCGACCAAUGUUUUGCCACAGCAACUCCUGAUGCAGAGGCAAAAAUAAAAUAUGGCUUUGUUGAGCGUGAUGGGUGCCUUACUGACGCUUACCUGACAAACUCCAGCUCCCAUUUCCUACGGAGAGCUAAGGAGCACCAGCUGAGAUUUCAGCUGGAUGCCUUCAAGUUCUACCAAGAGCCCAGAAACCAGGUCUACAUAGCCUGCUACGUGAAGGCUGUUCCUGUCACAUCAACUGUCAGCUCACAAAACAGGGCCUGCUCUUUGAUUGAGAACAGAUGGAGGUCGGUUGAUGGGAAUGACCAGGAAUGUAGAAGCUGCGACAUCUCCCACCGGAUCGAGGAGCCUCCACUCACAGAGGCCCCCGACGCUAUCGCCUGGUCCAACAUGAUUCCUCCGGAAGGUUCAGUCCAGAACAGACCCGGACACCCUCCAGCCACUUACAUGCGCCUGAGGCCACACGACAAACCUCAUCAAUCCUCUGCUAGAUUAAUGAAGAGAGGAGCAGAAAGCAGGUGGGUACAACAGAUAUUACACAUCAAGCUAAGUAAUUCAAACUUGUGUACCAUUUACAUCUCACAUAAAGACUCAAUCCAUUUUCCUCGCCGGCAAAAAUACAUAUCCCCUAUGGACCCUUGAUUCAAACUAAAGGGUGACAUCUAAGUGAUUGUUCGACAACACAAAUGUUUAAAUUUCAAGAGUGAAUUCCUGCAUUAGGUGGUUUGGGUUUUAAAUUAUUCAUUGAACUUUCAGUGCAGCUGAAAAAGCCUUUCACGUUUUUAUGACACCUAAUGUGAUUCAUUUUCCAGAAGGAACUCUACAGCUGGGACUCCUCACUAGGCUCCCAUCCAGA